CCAUGAGACCCACGUCAAAUGACAUCACUUCCCGUCCAGGCUAAGAUGGCGGCGUGAUAUUGAGGGACGAGUGAGGGAGAGAGAGAACGGUCGGAAUGCCAGUCACUGUGGGACCGUACGGGCAAUCGCAGCCUAGCUGUUUCGACAGGGUUAAGAUGGGGUUCAUGAUGGGCUGCGCAGUUGGCAUGGCAGCUGGAGCACUGUUUGGCACCUUCUCCUGCCUCAGGCUGGGGCUGAGGGGCCGAGAGCUGCUGGGGGGAGUCGGGAAGACCAUGAUGCAGAGUGGAGGCACGUUUGGAACCUUCAUGGCGAUUGGAAUGGGAAUCAGAUGCUGACAGUUCCACACCAUGUCACCUUAUGCCUGAGAUUAAGCUGUAGUAAUAAUGGAGAAUAAAGUAUGAUUUGCUGUUUAAUCAAA